GCUCCAGCCAAUUUAGUUUAAGACACCGCCAUGCUUAAGACUCUUGGGAAAAUCCAUAGUUUUCUUUUGUUGUCUAUGAAACAUGUGCAUUAAAUAUUCUGUGUCUUAAAUCUCUUUAUUGCUAAUUCCGUCCACUUCUUACCCUAUAAAAUCAAGCAAUUGUUCUUUUUGAUCUUUCACUAUCUCUUUUAAACAGAACAAGAAAAUGACUUCUCUCCAACAUUUUCAAACCCUUUUUUCUUCUAAAUACUACUGCAUUAGAAAUCCAAAUGAGCAAAAUUUAAGCAUCAAAGUGAACGGUAUUUCGAGACUUCCUAGUAGCCUCAUUGUAACAUCAAUGAGAAAAGUCUUGAAAACUAGCAGCUACAUUGCAAGAGCAACAAUGGCAACCAAAGUUGCAUACGUCAAUGAAACAUUGCCUAGUGCUCGGCAAAAUAUCCCAACCAAGAAGCAGUUGGUUGAUCCAGUCCGUCAGGGAGUCAUCAUAGAAGGGGGUGUUGGAUACAGACAGACAGUCGUUAUACGUUCAUACGAAGUUGGUGCUGAUAAAACCGCUACAUUAGAGAGCAUUUUAAAUCUUCUUCAGGAAACUGCACUAAAUCAUGUAUGGGUCUCUGGUCUUCUGGGUGAUGGAUUUGGUGCUACUCAUGGCAUGGUGAGGAAUAAGCUCAUAUGGGUUGUAACAAGGAUGCAAGUUCAAAUGGAUCAGUAUCCAAUAUGGGGGGAAGUAAUGGAAGUGGAAACAUGGGUGGGAGCAUCAGGGAAAAAUGGAAUGCGCCGAGACUGGCUUAUUAGAAGCCAGGCCACGGGGCUUGUCUAUGCACGUGCAACCAGUACUUGGGUGAUGAUGAACCAAGAAACCAGACGCCUGUCGAAAAUGCCUGAAGAGGUGAGAGCCGAAAUUUCUCCUUGGUUUAUCGAUAAGAAAGCAAUCCAGGAAAAUAAUAAUACACCUGAGACAAUCAAGAAGUUGGAAAACAAUGCAAGGUAUAUGAAACACAAUUUGAAGCCAAAAAGAAGUGACUUGGACAUGAAUCAGCAUGUGAACAAUGUGAAGUAUGUUAAAUGGAUGCUUGAGACCAUCCCAGAAGUGUUUUUGGAGCGCCACCAACUGUCAAGUAUUACACUAGAAUACAGAAGAGAAUGUGGAAGUUCAGAUACAGUUCAAUCCCUUAGCGAACCUGAUGAUAAAGAUGGAAUGUUUAUGGAAAGAACAGAAGAAGAAAGUUGCAUAAAAAUUUGCAGAGAAAACUCAUUGCCAGUGGAAGUGCUCCAGGGGAAGUCCAUCAAAUUCACACUAAGUUACACUCAUCUCCUCCAGAUUACAGGGCUGUCAAAGAGUCAAGAGAUUGUUAGAGGAAGAACAACAUGGCUAAGAAAGAUCACCACCUUCCCCAUACCAUACCUAACGAGCCAUAAUGUACAGAGGAUUAUGUUAUAACCCUAUCUCUUUUUACUAGAUUCGAAUCCAGCAUCUGAUUUUUUUUUUUUUUCUCCUAAUUAUUUCCAUGCUGAACUUUGGUUAUGAAUAUGAGAAGUGGAGAUUAGCGUCAAGUUCGAACAUACAUGCCCAUGUGCAAUACAAAGAUGCAAAUGACUAAUAUAUAUCACAAAUCCCAAGAAUCGAGAAAUUAUUUCACCAUUUAGGAUAUAAAGAAAUUGAAAUGAUUGUAACAAGUUUUAAAGUUGGAAGUGCAAUACCUGGACUGGAAGUUACUAUCAUCACAACUAACACAAAAAUUCACCAACAUACCAUCUAUCAAAAUAUAAGAGCAAUUUAACCAACAGACUUAAAAUUAAAUUUAUACAUUUAAAAAAAAAAAAAAAAAAAAAAAAGAGAA